AUGAAUCCUGUGGAGUGGGCCCUUGCGUAUGACGGUGGAUAUCGAUGGGGGGUAUUGACCAGCAAUGAUGCAGAGUGCUUCAAUAGCGUCUUGAAAGGCUUUAUGGCACAUCUACCUGAUAAGGACGAGGCACGCACCGUGGUGACAUGUCGGCGGGGAGAUUCCGGCCUGUGGGAGCAUCCAUUGGACCAUAGAGUCUUGCAGUGUCUACUACGUGCGGGAUUCUAUGGUGUCUAUCGUAUAGGCCAUAUCAGACUGGACCAUCCACUCACCACUGCUUUCGUUGAGAGGUGGCGCACAGAGACUCAUACAUUUCAUUUCCCGAUCAGGGAGGCCAUCGUUACAUUGCAGGACGUAUCUGUCCUAUAUGGUCUCCGGAUUGAUGGGCAAACAAUUACUAGAGCUGACCCAUCAUUGACGAGGGAGCAGUGGAUAGCCCUAUGUGCUGAGCUAUUGGGAGUAGCACCUACACCUGCAGACUUACAGGCAGGUAGACUGAGGGUGAGGUCACAGAACCUGCUCAAGCUGAUGUACCUGCCAUUGUUGAGAGGCAUUGAUGCGAUCGACCAAUAUAGCUGGGGCGCCGCGGCUUUGGCAUGCUUGUAUAGGAUGCUAUGUCGAGCAUCUCAGGUGGGUGCGAAGGAGAUCAGAGGACCCUUUGUCUUGCUACAGAUUUGGGUGUGGGAGAGAUUGAUUCGCAUUGCCUCGUCUAGGCGGCAAGUGGUUGCUCCUGGUGAGGUUCCCAUCGGCCAGGGAGACAUGCAGUUGCCAGCCGGAUCUUGA